GCCGCACCGACAUCGCUGCCGACCGGAAGUUCGCGUCGAGAGGGGCGCAGAAGACAUUCAAGGUAGUCCCCAUCAAGGAAAGGGCGGGCUACCCGGUCAAGCGGCUGAAGGGCUCCGUCGACCCGGAGAAGUGGACGACCGAGCGGGGCGACAAGAUCCACGUGGACCUGGCGAGGUACAAGUGGCUCCCCGACGAGUGGGGCCAGGGGGUGAAGAUCACCCACAGGAACGGGCGCAGCGCGGGCUUCCAGGACCACGGGGGCAGGGGCGUCCUGGAUUGCUUCGUCGCUCCGGACGGCAGGUGCUUCUUCCACAAGCCCCUUGCCGAGGAGUACUCCGCCAAGAUGGGCUGGACGAAAAAGUUUACCCCUGAGGCUGGCAAGAACGGGCAGAUCCAGCUGGCCAAGGCGCAGGCCGCGCAGGCGCUGCGGCUCAUGCGCGAGGAGCUGCGGGACGGGCAGCAGGUCGAGGGCGUUGACAAGGACUCGGAGUUGUUCAGGCUCUUGUCGGCGAAGGAGAGGAAGGCAUUGCCAAACAAGUCCGAGUUGCAUUUCUGCGUUAUCUCGGCACGCCGCGCCUCGUCCUUCCCGGGCCUCGGCGACGUCUUCGUGCUGCAGCGGCAGCUGCAGGAGGCGGGGGUGACCCCCACCUGGUACGUGGACGCGGAGAGCGAGGCGGACUACCGCGCCCUCGGCUUCCAGGUCAAGGUUGGCGGGAAGCUCACCGCGUCGAGGAACAUGGCCUUGCAGGAUGCGAAAAGGCUUGGCAAGGCGUGCGUGCAGCUUUCCGACGACAUCAGCGGCUGGCUGUACAUGGACGGCCCCCAGGCCAAGGAGCGCACCGACGACGCCAGCAACGCCGCCCACGCGGCGGCCCGCCGCCUGGUCGUGUCGCCCCUCGCGGCGGCGCGGUUCAUCUUGGCCAAGAUGCGCGGCGGCGACCCGCGCCCGCGGCUGGGCGGCGUCUACCCCCUGGGGAGCUGCUCCCGGACCUUCGGCGGCGCUCCCUUCACGAACCGGCACUUCAUCCUCGGCGACUUCUUCGUCGCGGACGGAGGCGACGUCAGGUUCGACCCGAGGAUGACCCUGAAGGAGGACUACGACUUCACCUGCUCGCACCUGAAGGCCCACGGCUCCGUGCUCCGGUGCCAGCGCAUGACGCUGUGCGUGAAGCACUACUCGAACGCGGGCGGCGCGUGCAGCAACAGGGACACGAAGGGCGUCGAGGAGCAGCGCAACAUCGCCAUCCUCAACGAGAAGUGGCCCGGCGUAUUCCGGCCCAACCCAAAGAGGAAGAACGAGGUGAUCAUGCGGUGGAGGACGAGCAGCAAUGCCGCGGCGGAGGAGGACGACGAGGAUGACGCCGAAGGCGGCGCCGGCAGCGGCCCCGGCAGGGCGCCGCAGCGGCCGAGGCCGCCGGCGGUGGCGGGCUUCUGGGCGCACCCUCGCGCGCUCGGCGUGCGCCCCCGGCCUCUCCGCGGGCGACGGGCACCCGGCGGGGAGAGCGACAGCCUAGGAGGCCGCUGGAGCAGCCGCGCGGGAGAGCCCGGCGUGGCGCCGGAGCAGCGGGCGCUCUCCGCGGGAGGCUCGGGGGCGGAAAAGAGGAGGGUGAUAGCGGCGGCGGAUGUUGCGGCCCGCCGUCGCUCAUCGGGGGACGCCAUCCAGCCUCCUGCACGGAUCCUUGACGCGGCGGGCGUCCAAGCGUGGGCAUAG